AUGGCUCUCCAGGCCGACGAGGAACUAUUCAAGAGUGCCAUCUCUGGGUAUCGCGAUGCAUUUUUGGUUCGACACUCCCACCUUCCGGAAUCUGAGCGCAAUAGGCUCUGGAGCCAGCAACUCAGCCAGUUCAUCCCAGUCGAUCGCGAAGACGCUGCGCCUGGGAAACCUGGCAAACGGACUCGACAGGAUGCCACCCCGCGGACACUCCCUGGUUCUGGCCCUCCAGAGGCAAAACGGCGAGCCACCAGCCCGGAUCUCCCGGUGACCCACGAGCUGCGACGCGCCCUUUCACAAUCGUCCCCCCGGGAUGCGCCCCGAGAGGGUGCGCCGCUCUCGGGCCCAGGCCAAGGCUCCUCUUAUCGACACACGCCCAUGGUGCGCUCGCAAAGCCAGCAGAUCCCCGUCUCCUACCGGCACCCGCCGGCUGGGGUGACUAUGGGCAAGCGACAAUCCUUUGGACCGGGCCAAACGAAACGUCUCGAUCAUGUCGAUGAAUAUUCGCCAUCUGAAUAUGCAAAACACUUGGAUGACCCCGACAACCAGCCCCAGCCCUACAGAUCCGCUCUGUCUCUGGGGCUGGCGACUGGAUCGACUGGACCGACUCCAUCUCCGGCAGCCGCAGCAGCGACAUCUGGUGUAUACCACUCUGGACAGGCAUCCCCCACGGCUGAUCCGUCUUCGGCGGCCGUUGAAAUGACUCGGAGCGGAACCACCGAUACCAUUAUCGACAGCUUUGACAUGUUUCGGUUCAACUCGACAGGACCGCGCGCGGAUCUGGACCAGACGUACUCCAUCCCGCCGGAGUGGGUGCCCACGGCCACCUCUGGUAUCUCGUAUCAAGACUCUUUUCCUUCAUCCCUCUAUCCUGACUUAGAUCACACCACCUCAUACCCAUUCUCCUACCCCAAUUCCACCCUUUUCUCCACCUCUGCGCCCACCACUACCUUCCGGCCACCAGUGCCACCCGCAUUUGUCACCGAAGCGACGGAGAUGAGACCCUCGUUGUCAAGCUCGAGCUCCGACUCGGACGAAAUCAUGCCUCCUUCGCGCGCGAUCCGCCGAACCCAAGAACAAGUCGCGCAUGCAGCUCGACCCAUCGCCCCCAAGCGAGACUCACACGACAGUAUAAACAGCCAACCAGAACCCAGAGACAGCAACACGCACAGAAUGCUCCGCAUAUCCUCCACCGACGGCACAGCCAAAGAAGUCGCCGCCAUCCCGAAAGCCUCAGUGCAGCGCCCACCCCGGAUAAAGACAUACUGCCACAUCUGCAACGACCAACCAGAAGGCUUCCACGGUGAGCACGAACUGCGCCGCCACAUCGAUCGCGUACACGCACCCGUCCGCAAGGUCUGGAUCUGUGUAGAUAUCUCGCCCGGCAAGGAUUUCCUCGCGAACUGCAAAGCCUGCCGUAACGGUAAACGAUACGGCGCAAACUAUAACGCCGCAGCGCAUCUGCGCCGCACGCAUUUCAAUCCAUGUCAGCGUGGCCGCGGCGGUCGUGGCAAAGAUAGUGAGAAACGCGGUGGUAAGGGCGGUGGAAAUCAUCCCCCGAUGGACGUGCUGAAACACUGGAUGAAGGAGACGACCGAACGGGCCAAUGAGAAUACCCCGUGUGAUAUGCUUCCCGAUGGCCUUGUAGAGGAUGGGGGCUAUCCGGCUUCAUUGCCAUUGCCCGAUCUCUCUUCAGAUGCGACUGCGAUGAAACGGGCUGCGGCGGGAGGUAUGAGUGCGACUUCGCCGGGCGAGGCGAAUAUGCAUGCGUCGCUGGGCAUGGAGUCAACGCUCAUGCAUGGCUAUGAGGCGUAUCCGGUUUCCGCGUCAUUUGACUUGGACGCGACCCUCGAUACGCCGUUUUAUCUUGAUUCGCAGCCUUUGCCGUCGGAGUAUGAUUCGUAUGUCAUGUGA